ACUAUCCGCCAGCACUGUCUGCCAGUAGUCACCGCGAUACCGCGAACGCACCACGCGUGUUCACAGUUCCAAAUUAUAAAACGCGAAAAAUACGUAUUUUUAACAACAUUAUUCACAAAAAGCUUUACUAACAGUGUCAAAAACAAAAAAUAUGCCUUCAACUUGAGGAUCACUGAAGUAUUGACUCUUGGACUUGGUUCAGCACCUCCACAGGAUGACUGAAAGUUACGAGUGGAUCUCGCCCUUUGUGCGCCAGCUGCUGGCGGUAAGCGGCGUGGUGAUGUACAUGAUCGGCACCGGCGCCAACAUCGCCUUCCCAGGAGUUCUGCUGCAGCAGCUCAGGGAACCAGCCUCGGCGCUGCGGCUUACUCCGGACCAUGAGUCUUGGAUAGCUUCAAUCCUGGGUCUGGCACUGAUCCUGGGCAUCGUGGUGGCGCCGUUCAGCCUGCAGAAGCUGGGCCGCAAGCUGACCAACCAGCUCAGUACGCUGCCGACCCUCGGGGGAUGGGCACUCCUGGCUGCCGCUAGAGGACCCACUGCUUUGCUUAUUAGUCGAUCACUACAGGGCUUUGGCAUGGGUAUCCAGGCAGCGGCUGCACCGGUCUCCAUUGCUGAAUACUCAGCCCCCAAGCACCGAGGAGCUUUCCUGGCCACCAUCGCCUUCUCCUUCGCGACGGGCAUGCUCAUCGCACACGUCUUCGGCACCCUGCUGUACUGGAGAUCAGCUGCUCUAGCCUGCGGCAGUGUCUACGUCCUAUCGCUGAUCCUCGUCACCCUUUCGCCAGAAACCCCACCGUUCCUCGCCUCAAAAGGCUUAGCAGACCAAUGCAGGAAGUCAUUCCACUGGUUUAGAGGCUACGAUCCUAGCUCUGAGAAAGAACUAGAAAUUCUUCUCAACAGUCAGAAGCAAAUUACAGGCACUAGACGAGGAUCGAGAUGGCAAGCAUACAGACAGACAGUGAGAAAACCAGAGUUCUAUAAACCUACUUUGAUCAUGAUGUUUAUGUUUAUACUGUUCCAAAUAUCUGGUAUGACAGUGGUCCCGUCUUACACCGUCCCGAUGAUGGAGGAAGUCAGUGCUGGAACCAUUGACGCUAACGUCAGCAUGCUGAUGGUGGAUGUGGUGAGGUUCGUCACAGCUGUCCUGUCCUGCUUUGUAGUCAACAAGCUGAACAGGAGAACAGUCCUAUUCCUAGGUAUUAACAUCAGUGUAGCUGCAUUACUCCUCGCUUCGCUUCUCCUCUACCUAAGAGAUGACGGCUGCAUACCCGAUGAAUACAAAUGGACCCCCGUUAUACCAACACUGGUGUACAUCUUCGGAAAGACUUUAGGUAUCCUGCCAAUCCCAUGGGCUAUCGCGGGCGAGAUCUUCCCUCUAGAGUACAGGAGUUUGGGAAGUGGAAUUUCUGGAAUGUUCCUAUCCAUCAUGUUCUUCGUUGUGGUCAAGACAGCUCCAUUCUCCUUUGAACAGAUUGGUGUAAGUGGAACCUUCUGUGUGUAUGGAACUUCAGUUGCUAUCUGUGGGAUGUUCUUAUACUUCUUACUGCCAGAAACUAAGGGCAAGACCCUGUAUGAGAUCGAGUGCCAUUUCAAAGGCAUCAAAGGUGAUAUUGGUCAGACCGAGCUUCAUGAAGGUGAGAAGAUGCUUGAGCUCAAGAAAGUGGAAUGUGGAUGAAGAGGGACGGGAGACCACAGGAUGUGCUUUACUGCUUCGGCGCAGUUGUAGGGAGGAGUAGCUUUUAUUUAACAGUUUCAGUGCUCUGGUGUGGCAGCUCCAAGUCGAUGGAACAAUGUGAUCUCCGUGGCUGAGUCACGAUAGAGUGGGUACAAGUUUACUGUUGAAAGCGAAAAAAGACAAAUACAUCAAGAUGAAAAAGACUGAUCUCGAGCAUUUCUGGAGCAUUGAAAAUGUUACAACAUUAGUUAUGAGAGAAAUAAACAGAUCCAAAAUAAAA